ACGCGCCGCCUCCAUCUGGAAUAGUUAGCUGGCUGGCUAGUGGCUAGUGGACUGGCAACAGCACGGCAAAAUGGAAAGAAGCGUGGAGCCGAGCUCUACUAUUCUCCGCGUGAAAAGGAAGCGAGGUACGGACCCUGCCGAUGCUCUCUUGCUGGCGUGUAAGCGGAUCCGACCGGAGCCGACAGUACAGCCCGCUGGGGAUCCGGUGCCUGAACCUGGAGAAGGAGAGAUCGAGAAUUCUGUCUUCAAACUCGUCGCGACCGUGGCAUCGCAGGAUGCUCCGGUCCAGGCACACGUCCGCGCGGCUCUGGCCCGUCCACGGGUGGUCCACGCCCUGCGCCCGUCCUCCGGCAGCACCCAGAGGAUUGUGGGGGAUCUGCGCAGCGCCAAGUGGGCCACCCGGCGGGAGGAACGUUACCGCGUCCUCUCCGCCCACCGGGCGGGACUCCCCGCCGACCCCGCUCCGCCCGCGGGGCGGGAGGGCGGAGAGAGGGGCGAGGCCCGGGAGGACGGACGGCCAGACGCCGCCACCCAAUGGGGCCGCUGUGACGUGCAGGUGUUCGACAUCGUGCAGGAAGAGGAGGAGGAGAAAGGCCCCGCUCGGCCUGCGACCUCUGACCCGGAAACGAUCCUGUGUAACUCUGUGAAGAUGAUCAGAGAGAGGCUGAGCGUGUCGGGGGAUGGCGUGGGCUCUGAGCACCGGGAGAAGGAGGACGACUACGUGUACGACCUGUACUACCAGGAGACGCUUGCCCCAGGGUGGAUUCAGGACAUCCUGUCCGUCCGCCCCUACCUGCAGGAGAACGAGCUGGUUCCAGAGGAGGACCCCCGAGAGCAAGAGGAGUAUGAGGAUGAGGAUGAUGAGAACGAGGAAGGGAACUGGCGGAACGACUACCCGGACGAGGAGGGCAGCGAGGACGGCAGCGACUUCGAGGAACGCUACGCGGGAUUCGGGGAAGACGAAGAGGGGGUUGGGCGGAGGACAUGGGAGAGGUACCAGAGGGAAGCCCUGCGCGGGUACGGCUACGACGACGAGGACGAGGACACCGGGGGGUCCGAUUUGGACUGACGGACCGGGCCGACGCCGGCAUGCCGACGGCAGACCACUCCUGCCCCCCUGUGUGUGUGCGUGGAGUGAGGUUAUUUUACAGUGUGUGUCGACUGUAUGUGUGUGUAUAUCUUAAGUGUUACGUGCAUUUGUGUGGAGUGAGUUGGACUCGGUGUGUGUAUGUGUAGUAGUUGAGUCGUUUGGUGUGCGUGUGUGUCACGUGUUGAAUGCAAACGUAAAAGCUAGGCUGCCUGGGAAGUGCUCUGAUUGGCUGUGUGGUGGAUGAUGGUGGAUAUGAUGAGGGGAAAAUUAAAAACUGUAAAUAUAUAUAUGUGUACAUAAAGCUUUCAAUUAAAAGCGUACUCUGCAACUGAA